AUGUCGGAGCUAGCGAACCAGCUGCUCGACACGCUUGCAGAAGGAAUAGGCCGCGACAGCACACACAUCAAAGACAACUGCACGCGCAGCACUUGUUACCUUCGCCUGAACCGGUAUCCGCCAUGCCCGGUGCCCAGCCAAGUCUUCGGGCUCGUGCCGCACACGGACAGUGACUUCCUCACCAUUCUGUGCCCGGACAGAGUCACCGGUCUCCAGCUGAAGAAGGACAGCAAGUGGUUCACCGUCAAGCCCAACCCCAACACGCUCAUCAUCAACAUCGGCGAUCUCUUCCAGGCAUGGAGCAACGGCCUUUACAAGAGCGUGGAGCACAGAGUGGUGUCGAACAAGUACCAGGAGAGGUUCUCCGUGGCCUACUUCGUGUGCCCUUCGAAGGAGACGAUGAUCCAGAGCAAUGUAGAGCCGGCGAAGUACAGAAAGUUCAGCUUCGGGGAGUACAGACAGCAAGUGCAGCAAGACGUCAGCCUCACUGGGUACAAGGUUGGCCUCGCGAGGUAUCUCGCUUGAGGAAGA